UUAAAUAGUUAACCAUUAUUUUUGCUGUUCGGCUUGCUCGCCCCUCGCUGUCGUCACCAGGGUCCUAGAGCCGACCUGACAUCACAUCCAGUAAACAGAGAGCCUCGCAGUAAAAGCUGUCACCUUCGAGGACUCUGUCCGCCAACUGCUUAUAAACCGACUCCGAAAUAAAAAGAAAAUAAAAAUGGCUUCCCCUCAGCCUGGCAGCCCACCUCCUGCUGAGCAGUUCACCCCCCCUGAGGAUGAUGAAAGCAAACAAGACGAAGAGGCGGCGAGAGACCAGCCGGUUAAAAAGCGCGGCAGGGGCAGACCUCCCAAAGCCAAGCCCCUCUUCAGAUGCUCGGCGUGCGCGGACACCUUCAGAAGCACGGCGGCCCUGCAGAGCCACAAGCUGGCGGCGCACGCCAAGCAGCGGCACGCCUGCUCCGACUGCGGCAAAACCUUCUCCGGCAAAGCCCAGCUCUCCAAACACGAGCGCACCCACUCGUCCCAGCGGCCCUUCCAGUGCCCGGACUGUCACAAGGCCUACAAGACGUCCACAGAGCUGCGCAACCACAGCCGCUCCCACACCGGGGAGAAGCCGUUCGUGUGCACGGAGUGCGGCAAGGCCUUCAUGCAGGCCAUCUGCCUGAGGAUCCACAUGACGCAGCACAGCGGCGAGCGGCCCUACUCCUGCCGCCAGUGCUCCAAGAGCUACCCCACGCUGUCCAAGCUGAAGGUGCACGAGCGCUCCCACACCGGGGAGAAGCCCUAUUUCUGCGCCGAGUGCGGCAAGAGCUUCGCCGACCCGUCCGUGUUCAGGAAGCACAAGCGGAACCACCAGGGCCACCGGCCGUACGCCUGCGAGGAGUGCGGCAAGACGUACACGGAGCUGAAGGACCUGAAGAACCACGAGCGCUCCCACACCGGCGAGAAGCCCUUCCUGUGCUCGGACUGCGGCAAAGCCUUCUCCCGCUCCUCCUCGCUGGCGUGCCAUCAGCGCAUCCACUCGCAGAACAAGCCCUACCAGUGCGAGCAGUGCGGGAAGGGCUUCACCCAGCUGUCCUCCUACCAGUCCCACCUCCGCACCCACUCCGGGGAGAAACCCUUCCUCUGCCCCCAGUGCGGCAAAAUGUUCUCCGACCCGUCCAGCUUCCGCCGCCACCAGCGCGCCCACCUGGGCUUCAAGCCGUACCCGUGCGACAAGUGCUCCAAGCGCUUCCGGCAGCCGGCCGACCUCGCCGUGCACGAGCGCGUCCACUCCGGCGAGCGGCCGUAUAAGUGCCAGAGCUGCGACAAGGCCUUCGUGGCGUCCUGGGACCUGCGCCGCCACAUGCUGGUCCACACGGGCCUGCGCCCCUUCUCCUGCACCGAGUGCGACAAGUCGUUCACCGAGCGCUCCAGCCUCAACAAGCACCGCCGCGUUCACUCUGGAGAGAGGCCCUUCAAGUGCGAGGAGUGCCUGAAGUCCUUCGUGGUUUCCUCCAGUCUGCGCAAACACGAAAGGACUCACCUGGCCGAGCAUCAGGAGGCCGACUCGUCCUCCGCCUCUGUGAGCCUCCCUCAGUUCUCCUGUUCUCACUGCGCCUCCACCUUCGGCUCCUGGGAGGAGGUCCAGGCCCACGAGAGCCUCCACCCCGCCGACGCCGCCCUGUCGCAGGCCUGCGGCGCCUGCAGCGCAGAGUUCGCUCAGCUGGGAGAGCUGGAGGAGCCCGGCAAGCAGCGGCCGCCGCUGAGGCCGCACGUCUGCGACAGCUGCAGCAAGAGCUUCCUGAACAAGUCCGGCCUGCGCAAACACCAGAAGAUCCACUCCAGCAGCAAGCCGCACGGCUGCCCCCACUGCGGCAAGGCCUUCCUGUUCGCCGCCUACCUCCGCAAGCACUUACGGACCCACGCUGACGCCGCCGCCGCCGCCGCCGCCGUGGCGCCGCCGCCACCUGCAGCAGCGACGCCUGACGAGCUGAAUAUUAUUCACACCGUCUCGCUUCCCUCGCCCCCACCUGCCAGCGAGGUGUCCGCCCCGACCGCUGAGCCCGCCGCCAUUUCUCUGAGCGUUCCUGUGACGCCGUUUCAUAAUCUGCCAGAAUAUCUGGUCAAACACGAAGGACUUUAAGAAAUAAAGCCGUUACAUUCGUUAUUGACCAGAUCAAAUAUAUAAAAAAAAUCAUAAUUAAAAACAUAUUCUUGGUGUAACUUAUUAGGGCAUUAUUAUUUCUGACAUAUAAAUAGAUAAACGUGUUUUAUAAUCAUCCUAAUAUAAUAUUCUUCAUGUGAUCCUCUUAAUAUAUUUUAAUCUGUCCAUAAAAUCAUUUGUACUUCACCUUAAACUGAACCUGAAGCUCUUUGUUUCUACUUACAUCUCGACUUUAAUAUUUUGCAUUCUUUUAAACGUUCUUUGUUAAAAUUGUUUCUUAACUAUUUUAACGUUUGAUUAUUUUAAUUAUGAUGAUUAUUAUCCAAGUAGUUGUAGUGGAAAAAAAGUUUCACUGUGAAGCUGUUUUAUACCAAUAAAAUAUAAAAAUGUGUUUUUCUUCUGAA